AUGGGUAAUCCGGACGAGUUUGCCCCUCCGCGGGACGAUGAGGAGUCUCUGACCCUCAAUGUUGACUGGUCGAUUGAGGAAGAACGCAAGGUCAAGCGGAAGCUCGAUUUUAUUAUUAUGCCCCUCCUUACGUUGGGCUUUUUCUGUUUGCAGCUCGAUCGCGGCAACAUUUCCAAUGCCAUCACCGAUAACAUGAUGGAGGAUGUCGGCAUCACGCAGAACCAGUUCAACGUCGGCCAGCAGAUGCUGUCCCUCGGCAUCGUGCUCUUCGAGAUACCCUCCAACAUGAUCCUGUACCGCGUCGGCCCCGGCAAGUGGCUCACCCUCCAGCUCUUCCUCUUCGGCACCGUCAGCACCUUCCAGGCCUGGCAGAACAGCUACGGCUCCUUCAUCGCCUCCCGCUUCCUCCUCGGCAUCACCGAGUCCGGCUUCAUCCCCGGUGGCCUCUGGACCCUCUCCACCUGGUACACCCGCCGCGAGACCGCGAAGCGCGUCAUGUUCUUCUACUUUGGCAACCAGUUCGGCCAGGCCUCGUCCAAGCUGCUCGCCUACGGUAUCCUGCACAUGCGCGGCGUCGGCGGCAAGCCAGGUUGGUUCUGGCUCUUCGUCCUCAUGGGCAUCUUCACCAUCUUCAGCGGCUUCAUCCUCGGCUUCUGCCUCCCCGACUCCUUCCGCAACCCUUGCAGCACUUUCCUGCCCGGCAAGUCGUGGUUCAGCGAGCGUGAGAUUCACAUCCUCCGCACCCGCGUGCUCCUCGAUGACCCCAUGAAGGGCAAGAAGAAGAAGAAGAUUGGUCGCCCCGCCUUCAAGAAGGCUUUCACCAACUGGCGCCUCUACGCUCACGUCCUCAUCACUCUCUGCAACAACGGUCCCCAGCGCGCCUUCGAUACUUAUGCGCCUUCUAUCGUUAGGAGCUUCGGAUAUGAAGCUCUCAAGAGUAAUGCCAUGGCCGCCGUCGGUCUUUUCAUCCAGAUUCCCGUUUCGUUCACUUUCAGCUGGAUUUCCGACCAUUUCAACCGUCGCGGAGAAACGGCCAUUGCCGGUCUCAGCAUGCACUUGCUCGCCUACAUCUUCAACCGCAUCUUCACUGAGCUUAGCAGCAAGGGUGUCAAGUACUUUGGUGUCGUCUGGACCCAGACCUUCGGCACAUUCUCCCACCCUCUCAACAUUGCCUGGAUGUCUCUCGCCUGCGAGGAUUCGGAAGAGCGUGCGCUCGCCAUGGCCAUGGUCAUCAUGGGUGCCAACACCGCUGGUAUCUACGGCGCCCAGAUUUUCCGCGAGGACGACAAGCCCAAGUACCGCCGUGGCUUCGGUAUCAACAUCGGCGUGCUCACCGUCGGCCUCAGCAUGGCCACUGCCCGAUGGAUCGAUGAUUUGUUCCGCCGCAGGAAGGCCGCCAAGCAGCUCCAGCUCGAGCAGGAGAACGGCUCCAACGACAAGGCCGCCCGCCCCAGCGAUGUGCAGCCCGCGCCUAUCCUCAUUGGUGACGACAAGAAGCCCGUCGUCGGCAACUAG